AUGAGAGCCUGCAAUGGCUGCCGCAAGCGCAAGAUCAAGUGCGAUUCGGCUACUACCAACAUCUGGCCCUGUUCGGCGUGCACUAGGCUCAAGCUGGUCUGCAUCCCGCCAUCCAUCGACCAGGAUAGCGAGCCGGCCGCCCACGAACAGAUACUCGACUUCUCCCAGCCUGCUCCGGCAGCGGUAUCAAGCGCUCUCCCGCCUCCGCCUGCUCCUGCUCCUGCCUCUGCAGCUUCGACUUCGCAGAUAGACACGACCUCGCAGCCGUUUCAUGCGCGCGACUGUAUCAGACCCCAACAGCAGCAGCAACCACAGCAACCACAUCAGCCGCAUCAGUAUCUCACUUCUCCCACGGAUGAUGGGCGGUUCUACAACCCUUCUCCUGUAGAUGCUUCCCACGGACAGCUGCAACACGCCUUUCACUACGCUCAACACCCACAGCCACCACCGCCACAACCAUCUGCCCAGGUACAUCGAAAUCCGCCGCCACCUUUUUCGGUAUCAACGCCUCAGCCCAUCAUACAGGUCUCUGAGCCAGCUCCACAGACUCCAACGAAUUCUAGCGACCUUACAAACGCUUUUAAUGAGCUCAAGAUAGACGAAACUGGCAUUGCGCCAUAUAUAAAUCAAGAGUCAAAAGACCAUGUAAAACCGCAGACUGCUCUGGCAGAGUGUGAACGGUCUCUGCCAUCGCUAUAUAACGGCGCGAAUUCGUCUCUGCAAUUUCCGGCGGAGCUUAUGCCCUCUGAUACCGAGGCGCUCGAAUACUUCAAAGUCUACUUUGACGACCUACAUCCAUAUGAUCUCGAGCUGCAUGAGCAUUACCAAUACCAUGCCGAGGGCCGGCUGUGUGGCUAUGACACCGUAGAGUGCCUCAUUCGCACCCGUGUGUGGCAGACUAUUCUCGUUGUUGAGAUCAUGGUUGGAGGACCUCAAGGCCGCUCGGAUUUCGGCGUGGAGACGGAUACGGUGGAGGUCCGCCCGUCCUGGGAUAUCCCCAACCUCGAUGCAUACGAAGUCGAACGAUCACGACAGUUCAGCUACUUCGUACAUAACGCUCUCAACAUUCGUCGCAUAGUCGAUGUCUUCCACAAAGUGAAAAAGACCAAGGACUGGGGUGCAAACCCGCAGUUUGCCCGCAACAAUCCUCUUUUCGAAGCAUGGUAUAGCAGCCUGCCACCAGAUCUCAUGGUCACCUACCCACCAGACGGUUCGCCUCCAUGGAUCCCGUCACAUUUUGUCGCAAACAUGCAUUCGCACUUUGAACUAGCCAAGAUUAUGCUACAUCGCCCCCAAUUUGUCGCCGCCAGCUCGUUCCCGGCAGGCGGAGAAUGGAGACACCAUUUCUCGAUAUGCUACAGCUCGGCCAAAGCACUCUGCCGACUCCAGGAGGCCCUGAUCUCGUCGUUUGGCGUAUCAGGUUUUCUGUGCAUGCAGCGAGGAAUCAACUUCUCCAUCUACUGCAUCCUAACCAGCGUCAUGCUACACCUUGUUGCUAUCACUUCGCCAGACCCAGAAUUCAACAAAGAUUCCAGGUCAUACUUUACUCGGCAUAUGAGGUCUCAACUUGCUGCUCUUCGCCUGGCUUUCUCCGCCGAUACCAACAAGCCGUUCGAACUUAAGCCAACAUUCCCCUAUGGCAGUCCAGUGGGAACCAUCGUCUCAGACAUUGUCCCGUCAGGGAUGCAUUUAUACCAUUCGCCAUCAACAGCGAAAACCCACGAACCCUGGAUCAAAGCUCAGAUUGAUGAAGAUUAUGUUAACGGAGAAAUCAGGGACCUUUGUGGCUCAUUGAUUGAAGUUCGAAAUGACAGGGAAAAAGAGCGAAGUGGCCUCCUUGGCCAGUUUGAUACCCCUCAGGCCUAUGGAACGAUCCAUUUAGUCCACGCUUCAGUUAAAGAAUACCUUCACUUGAAGUUUGCAAGCGCUGGAGAUAUUUCGAGUCCAGGCAAACUGUCGCCCGGCGCUGCCAGCCUGGCUAUGCAACACAGUGUACUCGCAAAGACUUGUGUUCGUUAUCUUACCUAUUCCGAGGUAUGGGACCGUGAUGUGCUGCCCGAUUUUGACGUUCCGAUACCUACGGUGACGAACAAGCCAAGCGGAGAAGAUGAUGAUACUGCCAUUUCUAGCUAUGGCGGCAGUGCCGCCCGAAAGGCGCAGAGCUAUGAACAGGGUGUGGCAAAUAUACCCUAUAAUCAGCUCAAUUAUAGGCCACACAUGCGGACGGCGGACCGGGCGGAUGAACUCCUGGUGUUCUGCGACACCUAG